GUCCCCUCCCAGUUUCACAGGGUGAGGAGAUUUCACGGGGCUUUGUUACAAAAAGAAGCAAGACGAGAGAGACGGUGGUUGGAGGCCAAAACAUUUACCAUGUUGUAAUUCAGUUGGAUUUGAGACAUACUUUCUGUGCUUAGAUUUUUUUGCUGAUAUUUCUAUUGUUGGAUCAAUGCUCGUCACACGUUCGAUGGAAUGAUGUCUUUACCGAAUAGAAGGAGCUCUGUUGUGACGUAUGUAGUGCUUGUGCUGCUGGAGUGUUACUGGGAAGCGGUGUCUGGGCAGCUCUCCUAUUCCGUCUCAGAGGAGGUAAACCCGGGGACUUCUGUGGGAAAUAUCGCUAAAGAUCUAAACCUCAAUGUCCUGGAUUUGGAGUCGCGUAUGUUUCAGAUUGUCACCGGGUCCAAGAGAAAGUAUUUCGAGGUAAAUCUAAACACUGGUGUUCUCUAUGUGAAUGAGAGAAUAGACAGAGAGGAGCUCUGUGUGAAGGCUCCGAAAUGUACCGUCAGUGUAGAGGCCGUUAUAAACAGUCCGUUGAAGCUUUACCGUUUAGAAAUCACUAUUUUAGAUGUUAAUGAUAAUGCUCCGUCUUUUGCAGAAAAAUCACAAAGUAUGGACAUUGCUGAGAGUACAUUACCGGGAGCGAAAUUCUCUCUCUUAGAAGCGUCUGAUGUCGAUGUUGGAAAGAAUACUGUUAGCACAUACAAGCUUAGUCCUAAUGAAUAUUUCUCUCUUGAUAUUCACAAAGGAGGAGAGCGUGUAUCUGCUGAGUUAGUGCUGCAGAAAGCUUUAGACCGAGAGAAACAGCCCGUUAUUCAGCUCACACUGACCGCUGUUGAUGGAGGAAAUCCACCGAAGUCUGACACGUCAGAAAUAAAAAUUAAUGUUUUAGAUAUAAAUGAUAACCGUCCCAUAUUCAGUAGCUCUUUGUAUAAGACUCGUGUUUUCGAGAACGUGCCCAUAGGAACAACAGUAAUAAAUGUGAAUGCAAAGGAUAUCGAUGAGGGGACAAACAGUGAAAUAGUGUACUCUCUUAGAACUAAAGGUCAAGAUCAUAUAUUAGAUAGAUUUCAAAUCGAUUCUAAAACGGGAACUAUCACAGUUAAAGGCACGGUUGAUUUUGAGGAAAGUCCUGCUUUUGAGAUUCAUGCGCAGGCGAGUGACAGAGGCCAGCCCCCGAUGGCAGCUCACUGUAAAGUGUUGGUAGAGGUGGUGGACCUCAACGACAAUGCCCCUGAGCUCACUGUGACGUCACUCUUAGAUACAGUGAAGGAGAACGCCAAGAUGGGCACUGCUAUUGCUCUCGUGUCCGUCCUCGAUAAAGAUGGUGGCAAAAAUGGAGCGGUUCAAUGUGAGGUCAAGAAUAAGGUCCCUUUUAAAUUAGAGACAAACUACAAAAACUAUUAUUCGCUAGUGGUCGAUGGGCCUCUUGACAGAGAGAGCGCUUCUCAGUAUAAUGUUACCGUCACAGCUACGGAUGAAGGGACCCCGCCUCUCUCCAGCACCAGCGUUAUUACUGUACACGUUUCUGAUGUGAAUGACAACGCUCCUCACUUCUCAGAACCCGUGAUUAAUGUUUAUGUGAAAGAGAACAGUCCAGUAGAUGUCAUUAAAACCGUGUCUGCACUUGAUUCUGACGUCAAUGAAAAUGGCCAAGUGACCUACUCAUUAUUAGAGAGAAACGGCAAAUCAGCACCGCUGUCUACAAUGGUUAAUAUCAACUCAGAUACUGGAGAUAUAAUCAGUCUGCAGUCUUUUAACUAUGAGGAGAUACAAACUUUCCAGUUCAAAGUUCAGGCCACAGACUCUGGUGUUCCUCCACUCAGCAGCAACGUGACUGUGAACGUUUUUAUCCUGGAUGAGAAUGACAACAGUCCUGGGAUUCUCGCGCCCUAUUCUGAACACGGCUCCGUUAACGCUGAGAACGUUCCCUAUUCUGCUGAAGCGGGCUACUUUGUGGCCAAGAUCAGGGCUGUAGACGCCGACUCUGGCUACAAUGCGCUGCUUUCUUAUCACAUCUCUGAGCCCAAGGGAACCAACCUCUUCCGAAUCGGAACCAGCACCGGUGAACUAAGGACUAAGAGGAGAAUGAGUGACAAUGACCUGAAAACUCACCCGUUGGUCAUGUUGAUUUCUGAUAACGGAGAACCCUCACUGUCAGCGACUGUGUCUAUUGAUGUAGUGGUGGUUGAAAGUACAGGUGAAAUCCAGACUCAAUUCAGAAAUGUGCCGAGAAAGGAGGAGAACUUCUCUGAUUUGAACCUGUAUUUGUUGAUCGCCAUUGCCUCGGUGUCAGUGAUAUUUUUACUGAGCCUCAUCAGUUUAAUAGCUGUAAAAUGCCACAGGACAGAGGACAGUUUCAGAAGGUACAGCGCCCCAGUGAUCACCACACACCCUGACGGAAGCUGGUCUUACUCUAAAUCUACUCAGCAGUAUGACGUGUGUUUCAGCUCAGACACACUGAAGAGUGACGUAGUGGUUUUCCCCGCUCCGUAUCCCCCUGCAGAUGCAGAACUGAUCAGUAUUAAUGGAAAUGACACGUUUAACAGGACUCAGACAUUACCCAACAAAGAGGAGGUAAGAUCUAUAGUUUCACUUAACCCAGAAAUCCAUCCUUUAAUUAGCCUUUGUUGUUGCUUUGUUGUGUUUCUCAAUGUCUUUGGAUGAAGUUGAACUUUUAUU